AUGAAGUUCUUCAACACCAUUGUUCUUGUUUCCACUGUCCUUGCUCUCCCUACGGAAGACAAGCGACAGCUCGGAAGUGUUGGCAGCACUGCAAACGAAUUCAAGACGGGCGGAUGUAAAGACAUUAUCUUCGUCUGGGCCCGUGGUUCCACUGAGAUUGGAAACAUGGGCACUGUGGUCGGCCCUCCCGUGGCAAACAGACUCAAGAAAGCAUUCAGCAGCGUCGCUGUUCAGGGCGUCGACUAUGGUGCCCGACUUGAUACCAACUUCCUCCCCGGAGGUGCUGAUCCCGCCGGCAUCAGCGAAAUGGAGAGCAUUCUCAAAAACAUUGCUUCUAAGUGCCCCCAGUCCAUUGUUGUGACCGGAGGAUACUCGCAAGGUGCGGCUGUCAAUCACCGUGCUAUUGAAGAUCUCCCAGAGGCACAGAAGAAUCAGAUCGUCGGUGUUGUGACCUUCGGAGACACUCAGUUUCGUGCAGACAACGGUCAGAUCCCCAACUUCCCCAAGGACAAGAUCAAGAUCAUUUGCGCCUCAAACCCCCGCGACACCGUUUGCGACGGCAACCUCGGUGCUGCUAUUCUGGCUCCGCAUCUUUCGUACGGCGCCAACGCCGGCGAGGGUGCCGACUUCCUUAUUUCCAAGAUUAAGGCGGCUCAGGGGGCUUGA